AUGCCUGAUUAUCAAGCCGAAAAAGGUUUGUAUGCGUUUCAAUUUUGAAAUAUUGUUUAAAGUACAGGUGUAGCAAGUAAAGAUGCCAUUUUCCAAAUUUAUUCCCUCUAAAUGCGGUGAUCUUCUACAGACAAAGCCAAGCGGUUUCUCGCCGAAUUUUACGUCGAUGGCGACGAAGGAAAAAUCUUCAAAUAUGGAGAGCAGUUGGUGAGUUGCAAAUUUGUGAGUGGUUUUAGUUGUAAUUCUUCAAAUUAUGUUGCCCUCUUUUCCUUUGCGUGCAAAAAUGUCUUUUUAAGUUCACUCACGAGGCAUCAACUCGAAGGAUUUGCAUGUGUUGUUGAUCUUAACAGUUUAUUACUAAGCAUAUUUGUUCAUUCUUGUAGGUCAAAAUCGCCCAUCGCGAGCAAGUUGAGCUGUUGCUAGAACUUGAUGAUAUCGCGGAGGUAAAGAACAGGUUUUCAUGCAAACAUCAUCAACCUUAAUAUUAACGCAAUUUACAAUUUGUUGCGCCGGUAUCAACUUAGCGGGGGUGGGGGCGGGUGGAAGGGGGACGGUGAGCGGUAAGACAGUGGACGUUAGUGCGGGAAAUUGCGAACUGAUGCACGUUGAUAAAUUUUGUGUCUUGUGUGUAAACGGCACAUGUGACAUUAUUUAAGAGAAAGCAAGACCAAUUAAAGAAGUGAGUGUAAAUUGUUUUAAACUCCUCUCUUAACUACUAUAGCAAAUUGUACAUUUUACUUUGUGAUCUUUUGAACUCUAUAUAUUUCCUAAAUCACCAAUGAAUUUUUACAACACCCAAAAUUAUGGUUAGUUUGCUGAUAUUGUAGAUUCAUUUCUGAACACAAGGGGUGUCUUUUUUCAAUACAUUCUUUCAACGUCAGCCUUCUUUUUGUCAGCAUUGCUUGUUUUCACACGAUGUCAAUAAAAACCAAACUAAAAAACUAUCGAUCCUACCGGGAUUUUACUUUCACGAUGCAUCAGAGCAGCUGAAAACUAAUUUUCAUACAAAUUCUUGCUUCAAAAGGGUUCUUGGUUUUGUGACAGAGUGCGCUUGAAUUUCUAAGCUUUUGCGUGACGCGCCAUUUACAUGACGGCCAAGAGGGCUGUCAUGUAGGUUGAAAAAAUGACUUAUUUCAGGAAAUUUUGCUAUCUAAACAGUUCAUGUAUUAGAAAAAAUAUUACUUUAAUGUUUAUGAGUUUCUCGAAGAAUAAAUUCAUGCUUUUGUAGCAAAACUCGGUAACAGAUGUUUCUGUUGGUUUCCGUCCGCCAUGUUGGAGCUCAUCCAGGUGAGCUCCAGCAUGGCGUCUCCAUACAAAUCUCUAUAAAUUUGAGUAAAACGUUUCUUCGGAUAUCUCGUAUACGAAAUAUUCCUCUGACCUGAAUCUUGGCGAGGGUCUUUGUAUAUAUACCUCCUUUCAUUUCCCAGAUUCUGGACUUUAUCUGUUGAACGGUUUUGAUUUUUAUUUCGAUUUAUUUUGAAUGGCGUGACACUGAAAACCAGCAAUUCCUUCUUGAAUGUAGUGACUGUUGGGGAAGCAAAAUUUCAAGUGGACAUUGAGGAGGAUGGAGGGAGUUCUGACCUAAAAGUCCAGUUGGAAAAAGUGAAAUGUUGAUGGCCCCUUAGUAGGGAUGGACAUUUUGCUGAUAUGUAAAUUCAAGGCUGGUUUCCACUUGAUCUGUGCCAUCACUGAUGAAAGUCCAGCAAUUGGAGCAACCUCACCCUUCACAUUAAUCAUGUGAGCCUCGUGUAUCUGUAUCUCUGGAUGUCGAUUUUGUCAGACGUUUUCCAUCAAAUCAUCAGUUUUUCUGGCAAAAUCAUUGCAUAUUAAGAACUGUUUUGCAUGGUAGUGCUUCUUGUGAGCUCAGCACAACCACAACGGCAAUAGAAAUGAAAACAAAAAACCCUGAACGUGCACACAGCACACUUUUUGGCAGGUUUCUUUACCAUCAUUGCAUGAUCAUGACUAACCAUGUCAAACUUGAUUGAAAUGGUAAUAUAAUUGUUGCUUUAAUCUUGAAGAUCAUCACUUCAUCAAUGGUGAUCAUCUCGACUUAGAUUUCCUUAGAAAUACCCAUACAGAGGCUCAUCAUGUGGAAGUCAGCCCUAUAAUAAAACUGGAGCCUACUGUGCCUUCCUCAAAAGUGGCAGCCUUGGUCAUGUCUGGCCAAUUAAAAUGCUUUUGCCUUUGUGCUUGAAAAAUGAUGGGUGGUGAAAUGAGCCUCCAAAAACAUAGUAAUACAGUGGAACAAGAAGUGAUUUUGAAAAGCAUUUAACUAUAAAAAAUUGCGAUAAAACAUUUCUUAAAAUCAUUUUAAGAUUAAAAAAUUGCUAAAAAGCGACGACGUUUCGACGGUAGCUGAACGUCAUUAUCAAGUCAAAACAAGUUAGUGAUUUUUGGUCUAUAAAUACUAAAAAAAAACAACAAUAGCUGAUUAAAAAAUUGUAACGUGAGAAAAUAUUAAACAAAGAGUUUCGCACGUAUGGAGUCCGUCUGAAUAUUUAAAUUGGGCUUAAGCUUCUUGAUGAAGAGCAUUUCAAAUACUAAACAAUCAAAUUUGCUCUGGCACUUUUUAAAACCGUGAUACAGUGGAAGCUCUAGAAAGUGGACAUCAUUGGGUGUGGAAAAGGUGUCCAUGACUCAUAAACCCUGAAAGUAUCCACAGCCACUUAUGGAAGUGUCAGCUUAUAGGAAUGUGAAAAUACAGAGUUUGUAUGGGAGUUGGAAUGGGGUUUUGUGAAGGAGGCUGUAAGUAGAGUUGUCUGCUUAUGGGAGUGUGCGUUAAUAUUAUCAUAAGUGUAGAUUCUUGUGAUAAUAUGAUCAAACUUCAGUUUCUUGUUUUUGUCUUAUUUUUGACCAGGUUGACCCUGAGUUGGCAGAAAACAUUGAACAAAAUGCGCGACGCUACAAGCAGCUGUUUGAGGAUGCCAUUUUUGAAAUGUUACCAGAUUAUAAAGAAAGAGAGGUAUGAGCCAUGUAUAGUAUACCAGUAGUUUAUGUUUACUUGAAAUUUAUUAUCUCAAUUUUAUGUGAAAAGCACAAAGUAAGGGUUACUAUCAUAACUACUAAGUUUAUGGCUGCUUUUGUUAAUUGGCCAUCAAGGAUUCAGCUGAGAGACGCCUGGCAUCAAUUGAGGUACUUGUGUAACAAUCAGCUCAAAUUGUACUGGAAAAGAAAGAAAUGGGUAAUUUGUAAGGUGCAGUUCAGUAGAAGAGCUUGCUAGACUGAUGAAUAGCUCUCCAGCUUUUAACAAGUACAUGUUGAAUGUUGAUUUGUGUUGUUCCUCAAAAGGUUCAAGUGAAGGAUGCCUUAGAUGUUUACAUUGAGCAUCGCCUCUUGUUGGAGCAACGAAACAGAAAUGAUACAGAAACAAGAGACCCUAGAAACAAGUAUCCACCAGAACUUCUUCGGCGAUAGUAAGUAAAGCUGUGUGAUUGCAUGUGUUAUCACUUAUAACCAGUUGUCAUUGAUGAGGUUUUUAAAAAGGAAGCUGCACCCAGGUAAUAAUGUGCCAUCUGUUUUAAAUUCACGAGUAUCAAAGUGCGUAUUCUCCACACUUAAUUAGUUUCUUCAUAAUGUUCAUGUAGGUUUAGAUGAUGGUAAUGGAGGUGAUGUAACUCAAAGCAGUUCCCAAAAUGUUAUGAUGUACACCUGUGGAUCCCACUGAGUUUUUAUCCUCUGUGCUGUCACUACAAGGCACCUUUUUGAGCAGCAGAGAUAUCACAGGGCAGGUGAAAGGUCCAAGUGGAAUCUUUGAUUUUGCUCUGUUUAGUGUACCAUGAAUACAAAGAAAUGCAAAGAAGCCUUGAUAAUUUUUAAGACAGGUUAUUGGCCAUCCUUUCUUUUAAUAUUUGUGACCUUCUUUGGGAAAACGUACACUAACGAUAUUUCGUUAAACGGUUAGACCGUUAGCUGUCCGUUAGUCAUCCGUUAGAUGAUUCAAUGAAAAUCGUUAGAGGCGUUAGGCAAUUCGUUAGCAACUCAUCCGUAGCCGUUAGAGCGUUAGUUGUAUCCGUUAGAGGUGUUAGUCAAUUCGUUAGCAACUCAUGUAUAUCCGUUAGGCGUUAGUUGUAUCCGUUAGGCGUUAGUCAGGAAACUAAAGCGUUAACUGGACGAUUCUAUUGCUUUGCUGAUCAAGGCCGCUGCCUUAUGGGCGCCCUGUCGUCAGAGGUUUCUACGAUUAAUUUUAUUCGCCCGUGGGCGACGAAAUUAUAAACAAGGAGCCCGCGCCGGGCACCUGAAACUAGUGAUUCUUGCCAAACCCGUUUCCCAACGUCCAUUGAGCGAGCGACACAAUUCCCUACCCGUUCUACGCUUUUGAAGCGAAAAAUUAAUAUCAAAAUGCUUGGUCGUCGGCUGUAGGCAAAAGAUACCGACGAUAAGAAGUAAACAAACAAGCACACGUCUUGAAAUCCGCUUCUCUGCAGACUUCCGCUAAUUGAUCUCGAAUGAAUUGAAUGGUUGCAGGAAAACCUUCGGUAUAAAAGUCUAGUAAUUAAAAAAGUCUACAAUCAUUCAAUACACCUUUUAUUCAUGUGUUGUCCGUCACACAACGCUUCACUGCGUAUUCAAAUUCCGGGAGUCAAAUUUCAACCGAAAUUUGCAUAAAGUUGUUUCUGAAACCGUCUGGCAUCUUGUUGAAAAACUUUCAUCAGACAUCGAGGGGCUUGCUUGAUAUAGUUUUUGGAAACAUUACAGUCCCAAGUCAAGAUACGUGUUUGCAAACAGUAGUUCUUGUCAAUACGAUGCAGUAGAAGUUUCAUUCCAGGAGAAAUUGGACGGCCUGUUUUGAAGCGCAGUCGUUUCGAGAGCAAGUCGAUUUCCAUUAUUAUUUUACUCGUUGAUCACAUCACUAGUGAUUUUGAUGCUUUCAAUUUUCAGCCGUUUAUCGAUCGACAGCUGUACUUAAAACUUUCGCUCAAUACAUUGAUAACAACAAGAUGAACUAACCAGCCGUUAACAGAUUGCUUAAUAGGGAAUAGCGCUCGAUUACUUCCACCAAUUCAACUGUUAGAGCGUUAGAACAAAUCGUUAGAGCGUUAGAACGAACCGUUAGAGCGUUAGAACAAAUCGUUAGAGCGUUUGGACAAAUCGUUAGAACGUCAGAACAAACCGUUAGAACGUUUGGACAAACCGUUAGAACGUUAGAAAAGCCGUUAGCUAUCCAUUAGCUAUCCGUUAGUUUUCUAACGAUAACUAAAUAUCGUUAGUGUACGUUUUCCCAAAGAAGGUCACAUUUUGCAAGCUCUGAAAUCGAGUAAGGUCAGAAACUAUUUUAUUCAUUAAGGGCCACGUGGUGUAAUUUUUUCCUUUUUUAUUGAGAAAAAAAGUGCAUAAACUAAGCAAAUAGAAUUGUCACUAAAAAUCUCAAGUUUAACCAUCACAUGCUACAGAAUGCAAAAUAUUGCAUGGAUUGGAUAAACUGUCAUCCACUUCCAUUAUUGUAAUUCCGCACCCAAAACAUUUUUAGAAGGAGACGCAAAUUUGUACAUUCAUUUUCAGUGAGGUGUACUUCAAACAUCUUAGCAACCAUAGAGCUAGUGCAGUCCGUGAAGUGAAAGCUGAUAGUAUUGGUAAACUUGCUGUUGUGAGGGGAAUUGUUACAAGAUGCACAGAGGUUAAACCAGUUGUGGAAGUUGCCACAUACACUUGUGAUGUGUGUGGUGCCGAGUCCUAUCAGCCGGUACGUACACAACUUUGUCUCUUACUUUUAUUGAGAAGGGAGACUGUUGAGAAUUUUUUGUCAGCACAUACAUUGUGUUUGUUCAAUGGGCGAUUCCAGAAAAUAUCCAUACCAUACCACGGACGGCUUUAAGGAUUUCCGAAGGGGAGGGGGGAUUCACGAUUAUGGAAUUCUGAAGGCAUGGCGGGGUAUUUACGAUUUGAAAUCCGAAGGUUUGGGGGAAUUCCACAGGUGGGAUUUCUGGAGUAGAAAGUGUAGAGUAAGUUCCUGGAAAACGCUAUUGUUGUGGACUUUUGUAGUUCGUAAAUAAACCACGAACGUAUGACCGCGGAAGCAGAAGACAAGCAUCAAUAGAUCAGACACGUGUUUACGCUCAUAACUUAUAGAAGUGAACAGUAAAACGUUGGUUUCACAUUUACCUUGAUGAAUUUCUUGUCACGUGAAUAAAAACUGAAAAUGUAUCUUUUAAUACCGCUUGCAAAUUUCUUGUUACUCCCGUCCGAAACCGUCCGAUAAACAGUAAAAAACUCGCACCAGUCCCUCACUUCCAAGGAACGCCUGUCAGAUUAGAACGCUUGUCGUGCACAUUACAUGACGUAUAAAAGGACGCAACACGACUCGACAGUAUAUUUGACAGCCAAAAGAUUUUAACAGUCUGUUUGAGCUAUUUUCCUUUGUAAAUGUCAAAACAGCACAAGAAAACAAAGAGGAGUAAAAUUACCUUAAGUGGUGUUUAUUUUUAUAGCCAAAUUCAGACUUAAAAAGGAGUUUGCACAGCCUGGCAACUAGCGUAGGUUUUUCUUGUCACUGAAGAGUAAAGCUUGUCACCUGGCGCCGCUAGAUCACAGCCUUGAGGAGGCAUAAAUUCAUGUUCGUUUGUUCUUAUAGGCGUUGCUAAGUCGAAAAUGUACUUCCAAAAAAAUCGGAAAUUCUGAAGGGGAGGGGGGGUUCACGACUAUGGAAUUCUGAGGGCAUGGGGGGGUAGCGCAUUUUGGAAUUCCCGAAGGCAAGGAGGGGUUAAAACAUGGAAGCCGUCCGUGGUUGGGUAUGGAUAUUUUCUGGAAUUGCCCAAUGAAAACAUUUUGUUCGCACCAAAAUGUGUGAAUUUUGGCUGCCAGCAGUUUGUACGCCAAACAUUAGAGAAUCAACCUGGCUUAAAAAAUUUCCUGUAACUUAUCCAUGCUGAAGUGACUUCAUGUUCACUAGUAUUAAAGUUUGUCCAUCAAUUUUAGAUUACCUCACAGACUUUUAUGCCGCUAUUAAUGUGCCCAAGUGAAGAGUGCAAAGUAAACAAGUAAGUCAUAUUUAAUACCUAAAGGCAUACGAUCAAAAUGUAGAUUCUCAUGUGUUUGCCCCAUUCAUGUCCUGUUGAAGAAGUGAGGAGAAGUUAAUAAAAUAUUCAUCUUGUGAGGGCCUUAAAUAUCCUAUCACUCCAUUUUACAAGCAUUGAUAUUACAAAAGUUAAAGUUUUCGCUUGGUCGCCAUUUGGCAACCAAAUCUUUUGGUUUAGGGAGACUUUUUUACAAAUCAAGUCGCCAGCUCCAAAAUUUUAGGUGCCAUGGCAACCAAAAUGGUUGCAACUUGGAGGGUUGUAUUACAAAGAGAUAUUUGAUGCUAAUCACUCUCAGGGCUAUAACAAAGGGUUAACUUUGUUAGCACUGAGUUAUAAGUUAUUGCACCCUGCAAAAAAGCUUAACCAGUUGAUUUUUAUACUAACAAUGUUGGCCUUCAAUUCAUUAUCCAGGGCUGGUGGUCGUCUAUAUCUUCAAACCAGAGGUUCCAAGUUCAUUAAAUUCCAGGAACUAAAAAUACAAGAACACAGUGAUCAAGUGCCUGUAGGAAAUAUUCCCCGGUCAAUGACAGUGAUUGCUAAAGGUGAAACCACAAGACUGGCGGUUCCAGGUGAUCAUGUGGCGGUCACAGGUGUGUUCCUGCCAAUGAUGAAAACUGGAUUCAGGCAACUUACUCAGGGAUUAUUGUCAGAGACAUUCUUGGAGGCCCAUGUAAGCAAGUUACAAAAUCCCUAUGAGAGACUCUCUUAAACGAAAAUUAAUAAAUAGAGUUAACUCUCUUUUAAUGGACACCUCUAUUACAAUGUAGACGAACUCCUUGGUAAUUAAAAACAGACACGUAGAUUUGGUUCCUGCCUUUCUUCACUCCCUUUGUUUGACUCUGUCUAUAUUAUGAGGGACAACAUGUAUCACUCUUUGACGGACACUAAAUGCCAAUCCCAAAGGUGUUUGUUUUAGAGAGAGUUGUCUGUCUGUCUGAAAGUUGUCAAGGAUUAUAGACAUUGAUUAAGACGAAAUUGGAAGCCUGUACACCCAUAAAAGUAUGCAAUCAUUUGUACAAAUUUGGUCUCCAUUUAAGACCACAUUGUUUAAUGGUUUACUCACUCACUUAGGAGCAUUUAGUAUUCGCUUUUUCCCCCAUGUAUACAAGCUAUCAGUGCUUAAGUCUUUAAAAACUCAGCUCAGUAUUACUAAAGAAGUGAAAAUAUGAUAUUAAGCAAAAGAAGAAUGUCUUUAUUUUGUAUUCUCAAUGCAGCUGCCUACUGAAAACCUUCUUUCGAGCUCUGAAUAUUCAAGUGUAGUAUAAUUAUGUACAUUGUAUAAGUGAAUGAGAUUUAUUGAUAGUGUUUUUGACUGUUCGUGAUUGUUUGCUUGCUUUUUUUCCUGUAGAGAAUAGUAGAAAUGAACAAAACAGAGGAUGAUGAGAUGGGAGAUGAAGAACUUACUGAUGAGGAAAUUAGAGCUCUGUCUGAGGGUUUGUCCUCAUAAAUCCUUUGUUAGUUAGUUUUAUUUUUUGGAGUGAAUGACAGCAAGAUACUAAUGGGUAGUCAGCUAGAGACCGGUCAUUAGUUUUUUCUCUUCCAAAUAAUGUGAACUCCCUAUUUGUUGGUCUUUUCUAAACUUUUCUCUCUUUUGAGAUAUUUAAAUAUGCCAAAUACUAAAAGUCGCACUAUUGUUAAAAAUGCAUUAAUAUUACAAUUGUUACCAAAACUUUUUAAACUGUUAUAAUGACAAAGUACAAGUCUGUUUAACUUCUUUGCCAGUUACCUAUUUUAGAUUUGUAUAGACCUCACCUUUGUGGUAAUUAUGUAUUAAAUUACAGAACCAGACUUCUAUGACAAACUAUCAUCUUCACUUGCUCCUGAAAUCUAUGGCCAUGAAGACAUCAAGAAAGCACUGUUGCUGCUUUUAGUGGGUGGUGUGGACUGCACCCCGCAGGGAAUGAAAAUUAGAGGUAAUUAUUUUACAUCUUCAAUAAUAAGUUAUUUAUUACAAGAUCAAAUAUAGGAUUUGCCUAUAAUUUGUACAAUAUGUUUUAAUUGCUUGUUUUUGUUUUUAACUUCAGGAAAUAUCAAUAUUUUAUUGAUGGGUGACCCUGGUGUUGCAAAAAGUCAAAUGCUUGGCUACAUUGACAGACUUGCACCUCGAAGUAAGUCAUAUAUUUAUUAUUAUAGAACAUGUAGGCUUCUUAUUGUAAUAUUGUUUGGCCUCAGUUCUGGUUCCAAAAUAACUUUGUUAUGUUACUGACAAAGACAGAUCUGUGCAAAAUAAAGCUUGGACAAAUUCUUCAACUCUUUUACAUGUCUUGAAAAUCACUGGGAAAAUUUAGACGACACUCAAACAUACUGCAUACUGCUUAACCCUUUACCCCCAAUAUCCACUUACAAAGUCUCCAAACUGACCUCCAUACAUUUCCUUAAAGAAUUAGUUGGGAGAAUUUGAUAGAAGAUCAAAGCAUUUUCCCAGAGGUGAUCAUUUUAUUAAAUCUUGUAACCAUUUCUUUUGAUAAUGUAUGGAUAUUGUGAGGAGAAAAUUGAUGCUGGUCACUCUUGGGACUUUUUACAUGUAAAGGGUCGAGAGGAUUCACUCAAUUAGUCACACCUUCCCAUUUUGAUCAUGGCCUUAGAAGUUAGAAGUCCAGCUGGUCAUGUCUCCAUAACACUAAUUACCCUUGGAGUGAAGACCCUCUGAUCCAUUGUUCAGCAGCAUGUCCCUGUUUAAAGAGUGUUCCCUGGGUUGGGGGAUUUUAAGAGCUUGAUGAUGUACCCAGGGCUGGCAAUUUCCCCUUGUUACUAUAAGCAUUACCCUGAAUUACUCUCGUUGGAAGUGAACUAGAACCAUAACAACCUCCUGGUUGUUUAAUUGCCUGACUAUUGUUUGUCCCAGCAACUUGAAAUGUUAAUGACAGCCCUGUGCACCUGAGUUGCACUUAUAAUAUUAUAUGCUUAAAUAGGGAAGUUAAUUUUUCUCUUCUUUGCCACAUAGGUCAGUAUACCACAGGAAGAGGAAGUUCGGGUGUUGGUCUAACAGCAGCAGUUAUGAAAGAUCCUCUCACGGGUGAAAUGAUCCUAGGUAAAGUAUUAAUUUGUGGCAUUUACAGUGAAGGUUACUGGUUUUCUAAAGUGUUGUUUUUUCGAUGACUUCUGUAUUCAUCAUGAAUCUGAGUAUUUAUUCUGUAUUACCUUUCAUUGUCCUUUCAGAGGGUGGUGCCCUUGUGCUGGCUGACAAAGGAGUUUGUUGUAUUGACGAGUUUGACAAGAUGAUGGACAGUGACAGAACUUCAAUUCAUGAAGUUAUGGAACAACAGACUGUGUCCAUUGCCAAGGUAAGGCCACAACAAGUUUUGAAGCAGCAGAACUACGGUUUACCCUCAUAAUGGUUUUAUUUGGAUCACUCACGUUUUCACACAAUAUCCUCAUUUCUCAUAGUGCUAAAGAGGUUAGAUGUACAUGUAUACAUGCAUACAUUUAUUCAAAGCAUUUAAAAACAAAAAUAAAUAUAUACAAAGAAUGCUUUGAAAAGGGAGUUUAAGAGGUUGGCCUUAUGUAAAAAACUCCCCCCAAAAAAUCUUUAAAAUAUGUAUCUACAGUCUCAGUCAAAAUUGUUGGGACACUUUUCUAUCCUCUUGCUUUUGCAAUGUUGGUGUACAAAAUUUGGUGAGUUAACUGGGAUAAACAACAUUUAGGAGGACAAGGAGACAGCCAAAAGCACAAAAAACCAUUUUUGUCUGAGACUGUAGGCUGAUCAUUUUCUUUAUUAAGAUCUUACCUGCCUCCCUCCCUAGGGAGGGGGGCAGUGAUGGUGGCCCAUUUACCCGGGGGUACUGCCAUAUAUGGGCUAUGUAGGUAUGUGCCGCUGUGAAGGUUAUGGUUUUCAGGCAGUUUACUCUAGGAUAGGGUAUGUAAAUCAGAGCGUUUGGGUCUAGAAUAGGGUAUCAUUUUUCAGGAGACUGAUCAGUUGGUUGAAGAUUUUAUCUCAACUAGGGAUUGUGGUAUAAGGUUUUGUUUUGGCUAGACUGUGCUAAUGACCUCAGUAGUUUCUGGAAAACAGCUACUCUGGGAUAGGGGGGAUUUGGGGAGUUUACUCUAGUAUGGGGUAGCAAAAUUCAGCUGAACUAGCUCUAGUAUAGGUUAAGGGUUCCAGGGUUCCAGGGUCCCAGCGGCACAUUCCCACGCAGAAAUUCCUAAAGUACCCCCCCCCCCAGGCCCAUUUGCCAGCAACUCAUCCCUCCCGUCUCCCCCUCCAACAAAAGCUGAUUUAUGCAAUCCACAGAAACUUUAAAUUCCAUUUUACGACUUGAUGUCUUCAGGCUGGAAUUAUGACGACCUUGAAUGCUAGAGUGUCCAUCUUAGCAGCUGCUAAUCCUGCAUAUGGACGUUACAACCCUAAGAAAUCAGCUGAACAGAACAUACAGCUUCCAGCAGCUUUGCUAUCAAGAUUUGAUAUACUGUGGCUGAUACAAGACAAGCCAGACAGGGACAAUGACUUAAGGUGAGAUUAAUUGGUUGGCACAAAAAGACCUAGUGGGGAGGAAAUGUUUGGUUGUUCUGCAGGGUGUAAGGCUUUUUUCCAGUUUAUGAGGGUUGAUUGGCGAAAACCCUGUAUUUCAGACCGUUCAUUCAUUGUAGUAAGCACAAAAUUUUUAAGGUGCCUAGAUUCCGUAGGGCAUGCUCUCAGCAUAAUCUAACCUCAUCCACACCUUAACUGCCCACGCAGAUCCUCACCCCUUGUACUACUUGUGAGGUCAUCAGUUCUAGUGUUCAUAGAAACUUGUGCGGGAAGGAGAGAUCUUCCCUUCUGCACAAACUUCGGAAGGUGCAACUCAGCAUCAGGACCAGAAGGCAGUGUAGUUCUUCACUUGGAAACAAUAGGGCUAUUUAUACGAGGAAAGAUAAGACGCGUCUUUCAUUUCCUACAUAAGACGCAAACUAUCUUGUAUAAACGGCACAUUAAGAUGCGACUUAGCCAAGAUGCGUCUUAUCGAAGAACAGGUGUUAGGGGCUGUUCUUAGAUAAGACGCACCUUAGCUACAUUGUGUAAAUUUCAAACGAAAUGUGUCGUUUGUACGGGAUAGUUUGCCUCUUAUUUAGGACGCGUCUUACGUAAGACGGGUCCUAUUUUUCCUCGUAUAAACGGCCCUAAUGUUCUAGGCAGGUUUGUUUCUUUUUGGGUAGAUGGUGACUGGAAAAUGGCUCAAUCAGCUUACAAUGGUUCUUUGGGGGGCGAAAUUUCUAGGGGUGAAUGGGUCGACAGGGUUUUUUGUCAUUCUUUGUUGAGAUCUCUUCAUUUGGCUUGUUUGCAGGUUGGCACAACACAUCACCUAUGUUCAUCAACACAGUUGUCAUCCUCCAACACAGUACACAGCAUUGGACAUGAAUCUUAUGAGGUACAGUUAUAAACCAAAAGAGCCAAGAAAGCGAAGCCACAAAUAAUUUUGAUUUUUUUUUGAAAUGAGAUGCAUCUGGCUAAGUCACAAAUAUGUAGUCAGACUCAGUCAGAGACCCACAUGCAUGGUGCAUCUGUACCACCGACAACGUCAACUCCAACUCCUUGUACCUGAGCUUUUUCACUUACACCUGUAUGUAUUGAUAAAUUUGUUAAAAGAAAAUUGGUGUUAGUCACUCUUGGGACUUUGUUAGAUAAUUCUGCCGAUAUUAUGUGACCAAUGAGUUUUUCGGUUUUAGGGAUUUCUUCAUAUCACUAUAUUUCUUCCACUGUCGCAGUGUCAGUGAUUACUUAUUGUCAUUUAUUGACUGUGUUGCUUUAGACGCUACAUUGCUGCAUGUAAAGAGAAGCAGCCUGUGAUUCCAGAGGCACUUACAGACUACAUUGUCAGUGCAUACGUAGAGAUGAGAAAAGAAGCCAGGACUAACAGAGACACAACUUUUACGUCUGCAAGAACUUUAUUGGCCGUGCUACGGCUUGCAACUGCUUUGGUGAGUUGAAUGUUGUAGUUACAUGAACAUUCUUAUUUGUCAACAGUGACAGUGAAACGUUUUGGCAUCAUCAUAAUGCAAAAUCAAGGCUAUAUAAAGUAACUAAUUAAAUAAUUAGCAUACGAAGAAAAGGAAAUUCUCUAAUUUGUUACUUUAUGUAGUCUUGAUAAUGGCGUUAUGAAAAAACGGCGUUUUUUCACGCUCUAAUUUACUUGUUUUUGUUUUCAUUUGUCCUCAUGUUUAAUGUUAAUAUGUGUUAUGGAGUCCUCCAUCAGUAAAACCUCAAGUUGAUGUUUUUAAGGUCGUUUUUUAAGCGCUGUUGUUAGACCACUGCCAGCCUGUCAUUUUGUAGGGGAUGGGGGACAACGAAUACAGCCCUGGGUCUCAGUUGCUCAAAGGCUGGUUAGUGCGAAGCCGGGGUUAAAUUUUAAUCCGUCUCUUUUUGUGUUUUCUUUUUCAAAAGCAUUUUCUCCAAUAAUUUUCUCUAUUAUAUUUAGAGCGUUCAAUUAUCAAAUUGUAGGCGGAAGAAUUGAACCGAAUUUGCUUUUUGCCCUUUUAUAUCCGAGUUAAAAUUUUGCAUUAACCCGGGGUUAACUAAACCCAGCUUUGAACAACCUGGCGCAGGGCGUUAUUUCUAACACUCCAUGCACGUGUUUGUCGAUUAAAGUCAUUUUCGUUCCGCAAAAUGUGUUCUCAAUCUAAAAUGGCGUGAUGGAUAAUAACUUUGCAGGCUCGUCUUCGUUUAGCUGAUGUGGUAGAGAAGGAAGACGUGAAUGAAGCUAUGCGAUUAAUGGAGAUGUCAAAGGCUUCCUUGGUCGACGAUGAAACUUCAACAAGGUGAGAGAAGUUGUCGUCUUUUGUCUCUUCGUACUGUAUCAAGUUUGUCAGUGGCAUAGUUUACAGUAGAAGUAAAAUAAGACAAAACGUUUAAAUUAAGUCGUUACUCACCAAGCUGUGUUCACUCUCAGGACUGUAAACCCAGUUGAUGCUAUUUAUGGAAUAAUAAAGGAAAUGGCAGGCGAUGCAAGCAAUGUAAAGUAAGUCACUCUGUAAUGUGAAUUUCUAAUAUUUGAGCUGCGGAUGACGGAAUAAACGCAAAGAAGAUCAUCGCAGUUUAGACACAAGGCAAGGGAAGCCUGCGCGUAAGUUGCGUCUUCAAUUGCGAUGAUCUUCUUUACCCAUUCUUUAUUUACAUCAUUUAAUUUUAGCAGUGACUGUGGUGUAGCUAAAGCAAAUUCUCCGACGGUGAUGGACCAUUGGUACUUGUAAGCUCAUUUUCUCUCGGCUACCACUGAUCACUGGAGUGACGGGGUGGGCGGGGGGGGGCGGGGCGGAGUGUGUUGCGCUGUCCGCAUUUCAGGCGGUUUCGGGUUACUGUGGCAAAUGACUAUAAGGUACCUGGCUGUGUACUUUUUUUUCGCCUUAAUAAGGUGAGGAGCGAUAGACGCUAAUGGUUUUGGUUUCAAGGCUGAGGGGCUAUGAAAGGGCGCGCUUUGUUUUACUAAACCAAAGACUGAAUUUGAUGUCGAAUUGUAGUCCAAAAGUAGCCCCGCAAUGUGUUCUUCAGAGCAUACGGUAUUCGUCUCACCUAACACUGCGAAUUAAUUAAAAUAACUCAGAACAAUUCUUUUUACAGAUUUCAAGAGGCACAGCAGCGCUGUAUGACAAAGGGUUUCACUCCAGACCAGUUUGAAGCGUGCAUGUCUGAGUAUGAAGAACUGAACGUGUGGCAAAUCAACUCGAACAGGACAAGAAUCACUUUUGUGCAGUGAACCUCAACAGUUCAUCUGCAACUUUAACUUCUCUCUGCAGAUUAGCGAUCCACAAGUGCAAAAAAGGACGUAAAAAUGUUUCUUAAAACAAAACGUUGGGGAAAAUAAGCCGGUUUUUUUGCAGAAUUUUGUCUCAGGAAACUGGCAAAGCCCGCAAUAUUUUUCCUUUGAAUUGACGCUUUGAUACUUGACGUUUCCUUGUCAGUGUAACAGCUUAUCGUUUUCGUAGCUUAUGAAUGUUCUCGCUUUUGCUGAUUAGGUGAGAGGAGGAUAAAACCCUCGGUUUCCUUAAGAAGGUUUGAGAAACAAAGGGAGAGCAGUGCUUUCUUUCAUUCACUAAUAGUGUUUUAUUAAAUGAGAAGAUAUUUUGCUUACACGUGUAUUAAAUUUACGUCCUUUGAUCUCUGUAAAUAUUUUUCACUUAAUAUUUUGUACCCGUC